AUGUGGUCAACUCUUCUUAACAGCGUUGCUGGAGUCCUUGUGGGAGGGCAGUUGGUAUCUGCAACCCCGACCAGUUCCCUAAACUCUUUUAUAUCGAAAGAGGGUUCGCGAUCGUAUCAAGGUAUACUUGAUAACCUGGGAAAUAAAGGCGUUAAAGCACCCGGUACAGCCGCUGGUUUAUUUGUUGCCAGUCCCAAUACAGCGAAUCCAGACUACUUCUAUACAUGGACGCGUGAUUCUGCAUUGACCUUCAAAUGCUUGAUUGAUCUAUUCGAGAGCGGCAGUUCCGACUUUGGCGCAAAGAAGAGCGAGUUGGAAACCGAUAUUCGGAACUAUGUCUCCUCACAGGCAGUUCUCCAGAAUGUAUCCAAUCCAUCUGGGACCUUGGAGGAUGGCAGUGGUCUUGGUGAACCCAAAUUCGAAGUCGAUUUGAAUCCCUUCACUGGAUCCUGGGGUCGACCGCAGCGAGAUGGCCCGGCUCUCCGGGCAACUGCUUUGAUCACAUACACGAACUACCUCCUUUCUCAGGGUCACAAGUCUGAAGCAUUAGAUAUCAUGUGGCCCAUUAUUGCAAAUGAUCUGGCAUAUGUUGGUCAGUACUGGAAUGAGACCGGCUUUGACCUCUGGGAAGAGAUGGAUGGAUCUUCGUUCUUCACAUUGGCCGUCCAGCAUCGUGCUUUGGUGCAGGGAGCGACUCUUGCACAGAAGCUUGGCAAGACAUGCGCUGCUUGCUCAUCUCAAGCACCUCAGGUCCUUUGCUUCCUGCAGAGCUUUUGGAAUGGUGAAUACAUCACUGCAAAUAUUAAUCUCGACACAAGCCGUUCUGGCAUUGAUGCAAACACCAUUUUGGGAAGCAUCCACACUUUCGACCCUGAAGCUUUGUGUGAUGAUUCGACCUUCCAGCCUUGCUCGGCCAGGGCACUGGCCAAUCACAAGGUUUAUGUCGAUUCUUUCCGUUCGAUCUAUAAGAUCAACGAUGGCAUUGCCGAGGGUUCUCCCGCCAAUGUUGGCCGCUACCCAGAGGACGUCUAUCAAGGGGGUAACCCAUGGUAUCUCGCCACCCUGGCAUCGGCAGAAUUGCUUUAUGAUGCCUUAUAUCAAUGGAACAAAAUUGGCACCCUUGAUAUCACAGACACUUCGCUGGCAUUCUUCAAGGAUUUCCACUCAUCGGUGAAGACUGGCUCCUACUCGGCGAGUAGUCAAACCUACAAGACACUCACAUCUGCCAUCCGAACUUAUGCCGACGGCUUCGUUGGCCUUGUCCAGAUAUAUACCCCUGCUAACGGCUCAUUGGCCGAGCAGUACAACCGGAACACCAGCGUCCCACUCUCAGCUAAUGAUCUGACAUGGUCUUUUGCCUCCUUUUUGACAGCAGCUCAACGUCGUGAUUCGAUUGUUCCUGGCUCAUGGGGCGAGAAAUCCGCCAACACUGUCCCCACCACCUGCUCCGCUUCACCUGUGACCGGAACCUACAAGGCUGCCACUUCGACAUUCCCUACUUCCACUGCUGGGUGCAUUCCCGCGACUGAUGUCGUCCCAAUUACAUUCUACUUGAUCGAGAACACAUACUAUGGAGAAAAUGUCUAUAUUUCCGGAAACAUCAGUGCGCUCGGCGAUUGGGACACCACUGAUGGAUUCGCACUCGACGCAUCGCUUUACACCGAGACGGAUAAUUUGUGGUUUGGCAGUCUGGAACUGGUUACCGCCGGCACUCCGUUUGAGUACAAGUACUACAAGAUUGAGCCUAAUGGCACGGUUACCUGGGAAUCUGGUGAAAAUCGGGUUUCCGUCGUGCCCACUGGCUGUCCUAUUCAGCCCAGUAUACAUGAUGUGUGGCGAUCUUGA